GCGGCCUGUGGUGCCUGGGCGCGCAGUGGCCAGGGACCCGGCCGGCGCAUGCCAGUCCCCGGCCGGAGCGUGAGGCGGGCGGCUGCGUGCACGCGGCGGUGGAGGGCCGGGGCAGCCAGGGAAGGCUGGACAGCCCGGGCUUGGCCGAGGGCGGUGCUCCGCCGCCGGCGAGCAUCAUGGCAUCGCUGGCGGACCGGGUCCGGGGCAACGGGCGCAUCGCCGCCGGGCUCCUGUUCAACUUGCUGGUGUCCAUCUGCAUCGUGUUCCUCAACAAAUGGAUCUAUGUGCACCACGGCUUCCCCAACAUGAGCCUGACCCUGGUGCACUUCUUGGUCACCUGGCUGGGCUUAUACAUCUGCCAGAAACUGGACAUCUUUGCCCCCAAAAGUCUGCCGAUCUCCAAGCUCCUGCUCCUGGCCCUGAGCUUCUGCGGCUUUGUGGUCUUCACCAACCUUUCUCUGCAGAACAACACCAUAGGGACCUAUCAGCUGGCUAAGGCCAUGACCACGCCGGUGAUCAUAGCCAUCCAGACCUUCUGGUACCAGAAGAGAUUCUCCGUCAGAAUACAGCUCACACUGAUCCCUAUAACUGUAGGUGUAAUCCUAAAUUCUUACUACGACGUGAAGUUCCAUGCCCUGGGGAUGGUGUUUGCAGCCCUUGGUGUGCUUGUUACAUCUCUUUAUCAAGUGUGGGUCGGAGCCAAGCAGCAUGAACUGCAGGUGAACUCGAUGCAGCUGCUGUUCUACCAGGCCCCCAUGUCUUCGGCCAUGCUGCUGGGGGCUGUGCCCUUCUUUGAGCCAGUGUUUGGAGAGGGAGGAAUAUUUGGCCCCUGGUCAGUUUCUGCCUUGCUUAUGGUACUGCUGUCUGGAGUCAUCGCUUUCAUGGUGAAUUUAUCGAUUUAUUGGAUCAUUGGGAACACCUCACCAGUCACCUACAACAUGUUCGGUCACUUCAAGUUCUGCAUCACCCUGUGCGGAGGAUACGUUUUAUUUAAGGAUCCACUCUCAGUAGCCCAAGGACUUGGCAUCUUGUGUACGCUAUUUGGGAUCCUCACCUACACCCACUUUAAACUCAGCGAACAGGAAGGAAGUAAGAGUAAGCUGGCCCAGAGGCCCUGAGCUCUGGCAGAGAAAAGAAAGUCGCCCCAAAGAAAUGAGAAAUGUCAGCUGUGUAAGUCUAUGGAAAGGCUGCCGUGCAAAGUCCACUCAGUGACUUUCGAAACGUAUUUUCUUCACAGAUAAGACAUUUUGGUACCUUUUAUCGAUUUAAUUUUUUAAAACCAAUGUGAUUCAGGCUUCUUUUCAAAGACUUUUCAUGAGGCAAGAGCCGUCACUCAACAUUAGUGUUUGCCUAGCACGUGUGAGGCCCUGGCCUCAGACGGCAGCACCUUCCCGGGAUGACAGGAGCCACUGAGAAGAUGGGUCUGUCCUACCAACCAUAAUAUGGAAAGCUCGCUUCCGUAGGAACAACAACGGGGUGCACACUCCGGUACUGCAGGGGCACUGUGGCUGGUCAGUGUCCAUGCUGUCCCCAGGAAAGGCAUACAGGACUCGUGCAUGCUCAUUCAAG